CCUUCAUGAAAUAAUCCUUCGCUUUUGCUCGAGACGUGAGCUUGGGAUACCUGUGGUCCAUUAUGCCUGCAAAAUCAGUAUAGAUGAGGGUUCUCCCCUAAUUUAUUUUUAAUCGUAUUUCUGCGCCGUUGAUUGCAUAAAUGAAGAAUCUGCGAGUGUGUUAUUUAUAGAUUCCUAUAAACUGUUUAUAAGCAGACAAUUUUGUCUAAAUUCCUUUUGUGUUUUGGGUUUCGAUCCAAACCUGGAACCACGGAUUUUUUUCCAAUGUGAAAUAAACUUGAAUAUGCAGUUUCUAGCUUUCAACAUUUUUUUAAAUUCUUCUCUCCUCGACCCCUAAUCGACUCAAGUUAAGCAUUUUCAUAUAAGCUUCGAUUCUUCAAACUUUCACGUCAGACACUCUGUUUCUUCGUUUGUUUUCUUUUUUCUUUUUUAGGGGUGGCUCACAAUUUUUUUUUCUUGACUGGCUGGGCUUGAAGGCUGGCUAUUCGGUGCUUGGUAAUUUGGCGGUAAAUUCCAAAAACAAAAUUAGCGUACUGUCAUCUGAGAAUAAAUGAAAAUUGAAAUCAUUUGCCUUUCAGUUUAGUUGUUACUAUCCUUUCCAGUCGUUUCAGCAUCGUGAUCAAAAUACAGAUUUAGCAUUUGCUUUGGUCCUUACUUUUCAAUUGACCUCUUCUGAAUGACAUUGACCUUCCUUCGACUGGUUACAGCGGUUUCUAGGCGUCAUGUACGCCCUAAUUGACUCGGAAAUCCGCCUUUACCAUAAUUGCCUCGACAGAAAAUCCUUUCAUGUCGGACUAUAGUGCAAGAACGUGACAAACACGCCAUGAACAACUAACGUAAAAAAUGGGUCUUUCGAUUUCCCUUUUGAGCCAUGAUUUAGUUUGCGUGUUUGGAAUUUUUCGUGAGUGUUUUUUGCUGUCCGCACUUAAAAUAAAAUCACGUUUUAAAUUCGUAAAGUGCCGACGUGUUUUUUGCAUUCUGUCUUGGUCAAUAACAGUUGUUUUUACGUCAGUAAGAGAGCUUAACGUUCGCAGAAUAAAUUAGAAUUGAAAAAAAAGAAGCUUUUAAUUUUCAAACUUAGCGCAUUAAAGUCAGUGGUAGCCACGGGAAAGAACAAAAUACACUCUGAGAUCCUCUUCAAUCAUGAAAAAUGUUAAACCACAAUAGAUAAAUCCCAAAUAAUUCCCAGUAAAUCCUUGUCUGUCAUUUUUCGGGCUGCUCAUGUUAAAUGCGUGUUCUGUUGACGCCAUACACUGUGUGCCAGAGGUCCGAGGAAUCAGAGGUGGGAUUGCAGGGCUGAUCAUAAAGCAAGUCAUAUUGAUUCAAAACGUCUGGAACUAUUUUACGACGAUUUGUACUCGAUUCAACAAUUUCAUGAUGCCAGAGACGAGGUUUUCGAUGAUUUUUCCAGCAAUCAUAAUCACCUUGGCUUUCUUUCACAUGGUCACAGGUAGCCCAGGAGCUGACCCAGGGUCGACCCUCAUUAGAUCCAUAAAGGAUGCUUCCAAAAGAAUAAAAGUCAAGAGAGCUGGAUUUGGCAGGGGUCUAAAGGAAUGCCGAAAGCAAUUUAAAGACGAGCUAUGGGACUGCAGUUUUUAUUACGAAAACAUAACUAGAGAAUUACCAG